AUGCCGUCACCGCUGUUCUGGACGCUGCUGCUUCUAGUAGUCGCUCUCGUUGAUGCCCGGUGCUUUUGCCCGCCAAUCUGCAGCUUCCCACCCUGCGGGUCGUCGGUCAGCGGCUACGAGCGCAGUUCGUGCAACGACCUUGAGGCGCAGUCCGAGUGCAACCGCGCCAACGCCAUGGUCACGGACAUGGUCAACUCGGCUGGCAUCAACGCCGACAACUUUCUCAAAGGGAUCUUGCUCCGCAACGCGACAGUCUCGGCGCUGCAAGCCUCGUACCUCCGGUCCAUGCUCUCGGAAGCCUUCGAGUGGGGCAAGCCCAUCGGCGAUUGCUCCGACGGUCUCGCGACCAACACGCACCUCGCCAGCGUCAACGACAUUUGCUUCUCGGUGCCGCUCUUCCAGCAGUGCGACGCGCUCGCCAAGUCCGUGCCGCAGUACUUUAGCAACAUCCACAACGUCCUCGCCGACCGGCUGCUCGCAGACGGCGCCAACAGCUCUGUGCCUGGCAUCGUCGAGCAAGGCAAGCUCACAGCGGUUGCGACCGAGCUCGUCGCGGCCGUGAAGAACCGAGAUACGAUCGCGCGCGAGUCCAACAAGAUCCGCUGUCAAGGGUACAACUCGACCGUCGACAGCCACAACCCGCCGGCUUGCAUCCCGUCGUUCGAAGCGCAUUUCAGCUUUUGCUUCCACCUUGAAAUGCCACCGCUUCGCUUUGUCGUGACGCUGCUCGCGUGCUGGGUGGCCCUCGGCGACGCGCGGUGCUACUGUGCGCUCUACUACUUUUCGGACAAGGACGAAUACCGCCAGACGCCGUGCAACGACCUUGAGGCGCAGUCCGAGUGCAACCGCGCCAAUGAUCAAGUGACCGACAUGGUCAACUCGGCCGGCCGCAACGCCGACCUGUACCUCGAGGGGCUUGUCUUUAAGAACGCAUCCGUGACGCCGGCGCAAGCGUCGUACCUCCGGUCCAAGCUCUCGGAGGCCAUGGAGUGGGGCAAGCCCGUCGGCGACUGCGCGAAUGGGCUCACAACCGAGACGCGGCUCGUCAACACCGACUACAUCUGCGUGUCCAUGCCGCUCUUCCAGCAGUGCGACACGCUCGCAAAGUCCGUGCCGCAGUACUUUAGCAACAUCCACAACGUCCUCGCCGAGCGACUGCUUCUCGAGAACGUGACGGGCAUUCUCGAGCAAGGCAAGCUGUCGGCGCUCGCCACCGAGUUUGUCCAAGUGGUCAAGACCCGCGACUCGAUCCAGCGUGAGUCCAACAAGAUUCGCUGCCAGGGCUACAACGCGACCGUCGCGAUUCUUCGCAAGUCGGCGGCGCCUGAGAUUUCCAUGGGCCCCGCAGCGCUCUUAUCUGCUGUCUUGGCAGCAUUCGUGUCGAUGCAUUAGCCCGUAACUCUAAACAUGCUCAUUUUGUCUUUAACGAAGCCUGGUCCUACAGUCAACUUGUACGAUUAAAGAGUAC